AUGUCAACUCCAAUGGAAUGACCUUUGUAACUCCAAGAGCCUACAUACAUAAUGUUACAGAAGGAGAUUUUAUCAGUCCAAUUUUGGAAGAAAAUAUUUUGCUUUGUUUUCGAACAUUUUUGAAGAAAGCUCUCUUGCUGUAUGCAUUUGACCAUUUGAAUAAUUUUGUUAUGCUACAUUUUGAAAAAGGGUCUCAGGUGUUUUUCACUUUUAACUCUCUGAAAUCCAUUGUUCAAGGGAAAGUGGAAGUUCCAGAUAUAUCCAAUGGACAGCCAGUGCAAAUCAAGGUUGAAAGGGGCCAAGACAAAACUGUUCUUACUGUAAAUAGUGAAACCAUCACUAUAGAUAAACCUAUAAAAUUUCUAGUAAAGUACGAAAGGAUGCCAUGGAGGGAAGGACAGGAAUUAGAAUUAGUUGAGCCUGCCCGUGGGUCCUACCCAACUGUGCCUCAUAGUGAAACUUUCCUCGGUGGAGUAGAUACAGAAACACUGGUCUCAAGACUUCCUGGUUUUGUAGGUUGUCUGCAAGGACUUCAAAUAGGGGAUUCUAAUUUUGACUUGGAAGCAAUAGCAAGAGAUGGAAGUUCAGAAAAAGGUGAGCUUCGCCCAGGAUGCAACAUGAUUUGUGACACUCAACCAUGCAAACAUGGGGGUACAUGUUUAGAAGAUUUCAAGAACAAUGCCACUACAUGUGAUUGUUCUCUUACUUCUUAUUUGGGGGAGACAUGUGAAAGAAAUAUUGGUGGAGCUUUUAAUGGAGAUUCAGUAGUUAAAUAUGAAUUUACAGCAGACAGUGAAGGAAAAGAUGACAUAAAAAUAUCCCUAGCUUUCAGCACGAACAGUAAAUCAACAUCGAAGCAGGCCUUAUUCUUUAUGAGUUUUGCACCAGGGAAGAGAUAUUUCUUAAUUUCACUGUCUUCUGAAGAGGGGCUAUUGGUUGAAGAGUACUUUGAGUCUGCAAAUGUCCUUAGCACAACAGUUAAGAAGGGAAAUUUUAAUGAUGGAUAUCGACAUGCAGUUUAUUAUCAGCGAAAAGGAACGGAUACUAAAUUAAUGGUUGACAGAAGAGACGAAGUUACAUUAUUUCGAGAUAUAGGAAGUAGCUCCAUUGUUGGAGAACAACCACUCACAUCAGACUUGAUGGUUAUUGGAAGUGUGGGAAAACCAAAUGACCCACGAUUUAGAGACUAUUUCAACUUCAAAGGCUGCAUAUCAAGUGAGUAAUUUGAG